AUGAAAUCGUCUUCCCUCGAGUCGCCCUCCUUUGCCUUGAAUGAGCCGUUGUUGAUGAUAUUUGACGACUUUCUUACGGCUGAGGAAUGCGAUAGGAUUGUGAAACUGUCCCUUAAACAGUCUGAAGGUACUGUGUUUACGAAUAAGUUGAGAAUUGCAUUACCAGCUAAAGAAAGUGAGAAAAUAGUAUCGGAGGAUGCGGAGUUUCUUGGGAAGCUCGAGGAGCGUAUAGGGGAGGUAUGUCAAUGUCCUCCUCACGAUGGUGAAGUCCCUUUAGUAGCGAUGUUAACUCCACCGAGCAAACGGCCUUCGGAUGGGGUCGAAAAACGACUUCAUUUGGGACUACAUGUUGAUACCAAUGGUAAUCGUCCUUUCCGUUUUUGCACUGCUAUCAUUUACCUUUCGGAUGUCGAGGAAGGUGGCGAAACUGUUUUCCCGGUAAAAUCUACCAGUCCCGAGUUGGUGAUGGGAGCGCAGAUGCUCCUCAAAAGUGGAAUCGAUCAUCUUGAUAAAGUUGACAAUCAAUCUCCUGAAGGAAUCCGAGUCGUCGCUGGUAUCUUGCGAUUACGCACUGUGAAGAUUUUUCCACAGUGUGGUGAGGUUUUAGAUAUGCUGCAAACCGCAACUACAGCAGCUGAUACGUUUACGGUUGAAGCUAAGAAAGGGAGAUUGGCAUUGUUUUAUACUAGAGGAGAACAUGGGCAAAUCGACCCUCUCAGCUGGCAUGGCGGAGCUGCUGUAAUAAGAGGUUAA